AUGAUUGAUAUAGAAGCAAUUCUAAAUUCGAGGCCCAUUUCGCCCCUAUCAUCCGAUCCCAGUGACUUUGAAGCCCUUACACCAGGCCAUUUCCUGAUAGGCGCUCCCUUACGCAGUUUGCCAGAACGUGAUGUCCCUCCAAUUGAAAUCAAUAAACUUGAGUAUUGGGCCCGAAUAAGCGCCAUAAAACAACAAUUUUGGAAGAAGUGGUCCCACGACUACAUAAACGAGCUCCAGACCCGCAAUAAAUGGACUAGCACCAACUCAAAUAUUUGUACUGGCUCCCUAGUAAUCAUUAAAGAAGAUAAUUUACCACCGCAGCGUUGGCUCAUGGGUAAAAUCAUCAAUAUUGUUCGUGGUAGAGAUGAUCGACAACAUUCUUCUACGUUAUCCGUUUUUGUUGGCAACAGAGUAUCGGAAAUUCAGGAUCUAACUACUGGCUGUAUUUGGCGACAUGUUCCAACGCAUUUUAAUCCUGCUGAUAUCGUGUCUCGUGGUUCAACUGUAGAAGAACUUGCUUCAUCUAUCUGGUUCAAUGGACCAGCAUUUCUCACUCUCAAUCCUAGUAAAUGGCCUCCUAAUAAAAUAGAUCAACUAUCCAUAGAAAAUCAACAAGAUAUCGACAGAGAAAAACGCAAAACUGUACUCUCCCUGGAAGCAACAUCUAAUUACAUUCUGGAUUCGCCCCAAGAAUUAGAAAACGCCUUGCUCAGAAUAGUUUUUAAUCUACAGCAACAUCAUUUUCAAGAUGAUAUACAACGAGCUCUGAAGAAAAACUAUCCUUAA